CGCAGAUCACUCAGUAAAGAGUAAAAUGGCGGCGGAUAACACGGGUGUUGCGGGUGCGAAAGGGAACGCGGAGGUGGUUCGCGGCCAAAUUUUCGAGGUCGGACCGCGCUACACAAAUUUGGCGUACAUAGGAGAAGGGGCCUAUGGCAUGGUAGUGGAUCGUCCAGAAAGUAUGUCCAAUUUUUUUAAGGCUCAUUCGGCAAAGUACGGAAGCUCGGCGCCUGCGACACUCGGGAUAGGCCACCCCGUGGUACAUGCAUGCACUGCACGCACAGAAGAAUUUGCCUGCCUACCAGGCGCUAUAUCCGCUUACGAUGAUGAAACCAAAACAAAGGUGGCCAUAAAGAAGAUAUCUCCCUUUGAACAUCAGACGUACUGCCAACGGACGUUAAGAGAGAUCAAGAUCUUAACUAGGUUUAAACAUGAAAAUAUUAUUGAUAUACGUGAUAUCCUCCGAGCUACUACCAUUGAUGAUAUGCGGGAUGUGUACAUUGUCCAAUGCCUCAUGGAGACAGAUUUAUACAAACUUCUGAAAACCCAGAGGUUGUCAAAUGAUCACAUUUGCUACUUCCUGUACCAAAUUCUACGUGGAUUAAAAUACAUUCACUCAGCAAAUGUCUUGCAUCGAGAUCUUAAACCUAGUAAUCUGCUUCUAAAUACAACAUGUGAUCUCAAGAUCUGUGACUUUGGUCUGGCAAGAGUAGCUGAUCCAGACCAUGAUCAUACUGGUUUCCUUACCGAGUAUGUUGCCACAAGAUGGUACAGAGCACCUGAGAUCAUGCUCAAUUCGAAGGGUUACAAUAAGUCAAUAGAUAUCUGGUCCGUGGGUUGUAUUCUGGCUGAAAUGCUGUCAAACCGACCGAUUUUCCCUGGAAAGCAUUAUCUUGAUCAAUUAAACCACAUCCUUGGAGUCCUUGGGUCACCAACGCAAGAAGAUCUUGAAUGCAUCAUUAAUGAAAAGGCGAGGAACUACUUGCAGUCGUUACCAUUCAAGCCAAAAGUUCCAUGGGUAAAAUUGUACCCAAAUGCUGAUCCAAAAGCCCUAGAUCUUCUUGACAAGAUGCUGACAUUUAAUCCACACAAUCGCAUUGGCGUAGAGGAAGCGUUGGCUCACCCUUACCUAGAGCAGUACUAUGACCCAGCUGAUGAGCCUGUAGCAGAGGAACCAUUCCGUUUUUCAAUGGAGCUUGAUGACCUGCCCAAAGAGACUCUAAAGCAAUACAUUUUUGAUGAAACUGUGUUGUUUAAAACUCGACUUACAGAUCAGCAACAGAAUUCUUAGGAAAUUCUUUAAACAUUGGUCUUGUUUUAAGGAGCACAUCCAGUGCAAUCACAUUGUGCUGUCACAUCACUCGGUGGUACAAAAUUUUGUAAUAAUGAACUGUGUCAAUAUGUGAUGGACUUCAACAUUGUGCCAUAACAUUAUGUUAUGUUUGUGAUUUAAACGAUGUGAUGUGGCUUUACAUAACCUGCAAGUUUAGUGAGAAGGCGAUUGAUUCAUAUUUUCGAAAAGUUAACUAGAAGUUGUUUUGGUCCACUACUAUCUGAUAUCUAUCUAUAAUCUUGGAAUAGUGUCAUUGAGAUGACAUGCAGAAUGAAGUUGAGUGGUUACAUGUUACAUACAUUUCUUGUCAUUUGACCAAACCUAGUUCCACACUGCAUUCCUGUAUUACUUUGUAUUUUAAGCAAUAGUUUUCUGAAAAGUGUGAAUCCAUCAAUAUUUGUACAUAGAAACUAAUGUUACAUGAGCACUGUAACAGUUAAUAAAUCAUAUUGUUCCUUUUCAACUUUCUUUCUAUUAAAAUUUUUGCCAAUGCUACAUAUUAUGGACCCAUUAUUUUCUUAUGGGGUAUUAUUAUUGUAAUAAUCCUGUGUGGAUUUUAAUUAAUAACUUGUAUAUUUGUAAGUUUUUACUCCAAGAGUAUGUUAUACAGCAUUUGGAAAUUUUUCUCUUCAAUAUUUACAGAUUUAACCCAUGCUUUUUGGUUUUGGACAACUCUAACUUGGAGUUGCCUGUAAUUUUCCUCCAUUUUAAAAAAAGUCUGGACCGCUUUGUUGUAAAUUUGGAUAAAAAUGUGAUACGAGGACUGUCCCAAGCUCUUCAGCAAACCCAACCAUAAAUAGCAGUACAUGGAUUUCCAUACCAUGGAUGCUUGGAAGCAAAUAAUUUAACAAUGAUGCAUAAAUAUUUGUUGAAUUCAGUAGCUGUAUGAUACUCUGAUAUGCCCUCACAUACCUGUUUCCCUUUUUAACUACCACAGUGUAAAAGAUUAGUCAAUGGGAUAAAGCAAGCAAUAGACAGUAUGCAAUCUCCAUGCUUACAAGGUUGAAAUGUCAUCUUUAGCCCAAACUGCAAUAGAAAUCAGGGGGAGCACCUACUUUAUGUUAUUUUCUGUUCUGCAUCUAUUUCAUUGUGAGUGAUGUCAUACAAAUGGUUAUACCUUGUAUUAUUAUAGAUUGAUUAAUUGUUUGAUUGAUCAGUUUGUUACGGUAGCAGUUAUGUAAGGUAAUAGUUUAUUUUUUGACAUGUAUCUUAGUUAACUGAAAAAUAAUUAAUGCAGUACCGAUCUAAUUAAAAUUAAUGUGAGAUGAAUUCAGAAACAAGUUAUUGAAACCCUGUAAAAACCAUAGCAGUUUCAUUUGUCAAUUGGCUAACCCUCAAGUUAAUCAGUUUGCAACACUUACUCUCUAAUUUCUAGAAAGAAAAAUAUUGGAAACAUUUGAUUUCUGAAGAACGAAGAACCUCAUUUCACAACAAGUGAGCCUGUUACUGAACUUUAAUUUGUCAAAGUAAGUGUUAUCAAAUUUGACAAUUGAUAUAUCAAUUUUGGAUUUGUUCAAAGUGAGAUGUUCUCUCUUUUCCUGUUUUCUUUGACUCCUGCAACAUCGUUAAUGUGAUUAAUUGUUGCAACUUGUGUUUUGUUGUGGAGUCCAGUAAAGUGACAAUGGGCCUUAUACUUUGAGUAAUAAACUGUUAGAACUUCAUGUAAUAGUUUUAUCAUACUGUUUUGCAAGAGUUAGUGAUUUAUUGAAGGGGCUGGUCUGGUCUGAAUAUGGCAUCUCUGUUCCAUAUUCAAUAUUAUACAUUUGUCUUUCUAUAAUGUUUACUUUAUGACUAUGUGAUUUAACUUUGUAUAUACAAGUAAAUAUUUCUUAAUGUUCAUAGGGUACCUAAUAAUGUUAAUUGUUAAUUACAGUUAUUUUCACUUGUUAUGUUCUAGACAUGAAAGGUUAUUUCUUUUUCUGAUGUCCGGAACAGGCAAGUAAUACAAAGUUCAUCUUAGAAAAGUAUUUGUUUGAGCACUCUGACUUACCUCUGUUUCUUGGUUGAUGUUUGUGAUUUUGAGGUACUUGACACAUCUUUUGUUGGCUUUAUUUGAAAUGUUGCCAGUCUUUGGCUCAAACACCUGAAAGUUGUGACGUCAUUGCCAUUUUGUUUUGCAAAAUUCCUUUCAAAUCACAACUAACACUGGUAGUUCCCUUCUUAACAGAAUGAUAUUUUUUGGAAACUUAUAUUUGACUGAUUGCAGUGAAACAUUUUCUAUCAUGAAACUAAAACAAAAGUUAACUCAACAAACCUGUUUGCAACAGUAGGACAGUAUGUUGGUUUUAAAUCCUGAAAGUUAAAUUAUUUUUAAAAUGUUAUGUGCUCUGGAUAAUUUGAGGAACCAAAGUCUGUGCAGUUCACAUGCACAAACCUAGUAAGUUGGAUAUUGUUUCUCUUGUAGUAAGCAUUUAAAAUUCAAUUUCUUGACUAAUUUUUAAAUGUGAUUUUUCCCCCCAUAAUUGGAAUGGAGUAUUUUAAAUUUGUUAAAACAUAUCAUUAAUUAGCUGGAGACGCCAUUGUUCUAGUAGCUGAAAGAGUGACUCUUAGAACAUCUUUAGGUCAGGAACCUUACCUUGGCCAACAAAGCAGUGCAAUGGUUUGGUUCUGAGUAUGGAAUGUGUCAUGCAAGUUAAGUAUUUCCCUCUUUCAUCUCGGUUUCUUCUCUGUGACAUUAUGUUUGUCGCUUCACUCUGGUUUGUUCAGGAAAGAUGGUAAAAAUAAAAGCAUGCUUUCACUAUACUUUGAGUGCCCCUAAAAGUAUAACUGUCUAUGAAGUGUUCAAUAUCACUGCACAAGUUAGUUUUUUUCCAACAAAAAUUUGUGGCCUAAUUGUUUACUUGUUGCACUUAAAUGUACCAUGGAUCAAUUUGUUUUGGUACCUUGACACAAAUUUCAGCAAUUACAUGAAUGUUUUCCGAGGUUUUACUUCAUAGUUCUACUUUCAGUAAAGCUCAUUCCUGAAUGGUGUUCCCUUUACUAUCUUUGUAAUGAGCUACAGAGUUCUCUCAGAUGUCUUCUCAGUGUAGUUUUUUUUUUAAAUGUUAUACACACUAGUAUGCUAAUCAUGUCGUCUAUAUACAAGACUGCAUUUUGAUUAUUUAUGAAGCAAUUAUUGUACUGAAACAACGAAGUAUUUUGAUAUUCUGUAUUGUUGAACAUGAUAUGGUACAAUUGAUUGCAGUUAUCAAAUACAUAGUUAUAUUUGAAAAAAGUGAAACAACAGUAGUGUUUGUUUAGAAGUGAGGAGUUCGAAUACAAAUAAUUUUCUCCUUGAAUCAUACUAUAUUACCUCUACUGUUCCAUUUCUUUAUUAGAAAAAUGUGUGUGCUAACCAAACUUCACCUUGAUGGUAUAUGAUGUAUUAUUACAAACCUGAGUAAUCAGGGAGGAAACAAACUUCAUUUUUUCUUGCCUCCUCUACCUAGCUUCUUUGAGUAAAUGUUUUCUUCUCUUCCAGAUGCUGUUAACUGUUUUGCUAAGUGUCCAUCCUGCACCUCAGUUUUUUGGUUGGUUUUCUAAUAAUUUUUACCAUGAUGUAAGGCAGCCAUUUUACCUCUUUACUCUUUGGUUUCCUGCUUAAUUUGUACCUUAAUUUGCCAGGUAGAUCUUAUGUUAAAUCUAGCGAGACGAUUACAAUAUUUAAUUAUCCUACAACUUUCUGUUCAGAAAUAAUUAAAAAUGUAAUUCUCUAGAAAUUUCUUGUCAAUCUCUUCUAAAUGUUGUGUAUAUAUUCAUAUAAUACAUUGUCUUCUGAAGAAUUUGCCCCAUUUGAGUGUUUUCAUACUCUAUAAAAUUAGAGCUUUUCCUAGCCAAUGAUAUGGAUUGAUGAAAGUGAAACAAAACAAGUAAAACCUUUCACGGUUUGUCACCAUACAGUAUUGUUACUAGUAAUACUAUUGUAUCCGAUACUUUGUUGUUCAGGAAUAAAAGAAAAAGCUUUGUUGGAAAAAA